AUGCAAACGAAUUUCUCAAGUGAGCUUUUUGUUGAUCUCUUAGUUCCAGGUGUUGUGGAAGCAAACUUAGCCGCUGCUGCAUUACAAGGUGUAGCGCUUCAGCAAGCUGCAGCAGCUAACCGUGCACUGUACCUACGAAAUCCGCUUGCGCAAGCUCUGGCUGUUCGGAAUCUGCAAGGGCUGGGUGUACAAGGACAACUUGCUGCAUUAGGUGCACAACAACAGCAAUUUCCAUUUAUUGCACCUGCGUUGGCAGCUCAGUUGCAAAACCAAGGACUUUUGAUAGGCGCAGGUCAGCUACCACAAGCCGCGCAACAAGUCCAACCGGCUUACGACCCGACCGCUCUUUUAACGGAACAAGCUCGUUUACAGUUAGCAGCUGCUCAAGCAGCAAAUCCGCUGGUUGCUGCUGCCGCAGCCCGAAAUGUUGCAGUCAGUGGAGUUAGUGGAGCGGCUCCAACGAGUCUCGGCGAGCAGUAUCUUGGUUCAGCUCUUUCGGCUGCUUUACCUGGUUAUCCGGCUGUUGCAGCGACCUACCGGGCCCUUAAUCGUUUUGCACCGUAUUAG